AAGUUUAUAGCAAAAUCCUCAAAUGGCCUUCACCUUCAGUGACAGCAUGAUCAAGGAGUGAUAGGAUAAAUAAGCUUCGGGUCUAUAUAUAACCCCAUACGGUACACAUCGCUGGUUAGUUGUAGGAAACAGUAGUGUUAGAUCUACUCUGAUGUAUUAUGUCAGCUGUGGCCGUUGACACGGCCUUGUGAUUGUGCCGAAGCUGGAUUUCCCAGGCUGGAGAACGACCCUGUAUUUCUGCGUUUAGCACGCCAGUAAAAUUUUAUACAUUUUCUGCGACCACUUCACACGAAGAGUUUCGAGCACAUGGUGUUUAUUAUUAGACAUGAAUGGACUUACGCAAUUUCGGGUACAUUUUAAGUACCAAAAGACCCAUGGCACUGGUUCUAUGCUGUUGACUCUGUGUUGGCUCUCUUAAUAUUUGCUAAUACAAAGCAGUGUAACUUUAAGAACAAAACGAGGAAUUUGGAAUUUCUUCAAACUGGUGGCAUAGCAGAGAAAGAAAAUGCUUGUUUCAAAGUUCAGAUUUCUUGUAACUUACAGGUGCCGUCCGAAGAUUCUUGGAGUCUAUGUAGCUCAGGAACGAUCAAGGAAAUUUGUGUUAAAUAUGAACGAUGCUGCCAAAGAUGAAAAUGUGCAGCCUGAAAGUUCUGUUUCUCUUCCAAGUGCACAUGAAAACUUGUCAAGGGAAAAGCGUUGUCGACAUGAGAAACCUUCAAGAACGACCAGUCCAAGAAAACGACGACACAUAGCUGUGGAAGUGACAAUGACAUCUGAGGAAGGUAGUCUUGUUCACAAGGAGGACCAACCCAAGUCUCCCCUAAAAGCAGCAUUGAGAGAGAAGGUUGGGACAUCAGCUGGUGUGACGGAGAGUGCCAGUGGGUUGAACAAUGCCCCAUGUUUUGUGAGGAACAGGAUUUCCGUUCCUCAAUUAUUUGCCGCUGCUGGUGGCCAAUUUCAAAUGUUUCACAGUCAGUGUUUCACAGCUUCCCAACUGAUUCCACAACUAACGAGCCAUCAAAUGAGGGAAUAUUCAACCCAUUCCAUCCCCCAAACAGCAGCCGUUUCCCGAGUGCCACAGAUUCAGGAAGUCCCAAGGACAGAAACAGAGAAAGACCUGGUUGAUCCAGAAGUAACAGAUCGGAUGAAGCUGCCACGAGAGUGGGAGUAUACUCGGUAUGGGCAGGAGCACGAGAGGUGUCGACAUGCUGGGCUGGAGUUCUCUGUCAUGUCCUACAACGUUCUGGCACAGAGGCUUCUGGAGGAUCAUGGAUAUUUAUACCGGGAGGCUGAAACGCAGGUCUUGCAAUGGAAAUAUCGCCGGGAACGACUUCUGGAGGAAAUAACGUCUCACUCUCCAGAUGUGAUGUGUCUGCAGGAGGUUCAGGAAGACCACUACCAGGACUUCUUCAAACCACAAAUGGAAAACCUUGGUUACCGGGGAGUUUAUAUGAAGAGGACAGGAGACAAGUGUGAUGGCUGUGCCACAUUCUACAAGCAGGACAAGUUCUCUGUGGGCAAAACAACUCCAGUUGAGUACUGCAGAGGUGGUUUGUUGGACCGUGAUAACAUUGCCUUGAUCCUGGAGCUGGUACCUCAUCAGAAUGUGUACCAGGGCAGAGUGGGUAAACUGUGUGUGGCCAACACACAUCUCCUGUUCAACCCACGGAGAGGGGACAUCAAACUGGGGCAACUCAUGGUCCUCAUGGCCGAGUUAGAUAAAUGUGCAUUUAAUAGUUCAAGUGACAAGACAUCACAGAUGAACUACAGCCCUGUGUUACUGUGUGGAGACUUCAACUCGGAGCCUCAUAGUGAUCUGUAUAAGUUUAUUUCUCGUGGCUAUCUUCAGUACAAAGGUCUUAUAGCUAGGUUCCUCUCAGGACAGAAAGAUGGACGUCAUGGACGCGAUAUUCGUCUGAAAAAAGAUUUCUUUUGUCCUUCAUUUGGAAUCACGGAUCAGUGCCAGUAUCAGAAAGUUCUUGAUACACGUUCAUCGGAGACGGCAUCAUUAACAGAAAAGAAGGACCCUUGUCAGUCACUCAGCUCCAGUACAGGAGGAGACACUCUUUCCAAUCCCCCUGACAACACCUAGCGUCCAUCUCCCCGUCCACCCAGUCUAGCGGAGUUAAUCUGAGUCCCAUGGGAACUUCCUAUGGUUUCUCAUCCAGUCCUUCUGACUUUUCAUUCUAUUCCAUGGGUUCCGGACGCCUGUGGCAUGAACUCAACUUUGUGUCCUCCUACCAUCACACCAUAGCUCGGUUAAACCAUCAGUGGGAUGAGGUGACAACGCAGCACAGUGCAGGAUCAUGUACUGUCGAUUUCAUCUUUUAUAAUGUACUCCACAAAGAAGUGAAGACUCGAAACAACAAGAUAUACACACACCAUAUCAACGAGGGACCGUUGAAGCUGUUGCGGAGGUACGGACUGAUGUCCCAAGCAGAGAUAUCUGGUCUAGGGGGGCUGCCAAACCCCUUGUGUCCAUCAGACCAUGUCCCUCUCAUCUCAGCGUUCCUUCUCACAAAGUGAUGUGGCGGCAGCUGUUUUUAAAACCACUUCAGCAUGUAUUUGCCAGUGACUUAGCCUUAGGAGUGGAUCAGUAAAACAAUCCAUGGCAGACUUUCAUCAAUUCCAUACCUCAUCUGAUUUUGUUGUGUUGUUCCAUGAUAAAUAUUUAUUAGUAUUGAUUUGAAAUACAUUCUUCAUCACUGGACAUAUGCGGAGAAAAGCGAUGCUGGGUAACGACAUGUGGCUAUGUUAAAAGGGUACAUCUUGGUUCUUCCAAUCCUGUUAAAUGCAAAAAAGCUACUUGGGAAAAUUUUCUGGUUGACAAAGAAUGAAAAUUUUGCGACCUUGUGCCCAGUUUUAUAUACAACCCAUCAAAAGUUUAGACUCACUUGAAGCACUUACUAUAUGUUAUGUAUACCGGUAUAUAUGUAUCGAAGUUGUAUGGAAGAUGAAUUUCUCCACUAACUUGGGGGGACAAACUGCAAACCUUAUGCAGAUUAAUUGGACAUCAAAUUGCUGAAACUCAUGGGCAAAUAUCGUGCAUGUGAACAGCGGA